GGUUGGCAGUGUGAAUGCAGAGCUCCCAUUGGAUGAAACUGAGGUGGUUUCUUCUUCCAGGAAACCGACCAAGAAGAAAAAGAGAAAGAUCCCCUGUGGUGUUUGAAUAUGAGGCUGAUGAGCUGGAGGCAGCUGCACAGGAGGAUGCAUUGAUCAGCGGCCUUGCAGAGGAGAUUGUUGCUAAAAAAACAAAACUAGGAAAUGAUGUUGAAGAGCCAUCCACACCUCUGAGCGCAAAAAAGUCACAAAAGGUGAAGACAGCCCCACAGUCGGCAUCUGACUUCAUCACCUUUCAGAGCAACUCUGUGGCCCCAACACCACUCUUCUGCAAGACAAAGGGAGGCCCCAGCACCCCACUAUCCAGCAAGAAGAAGAGUCAAACUCCCAAAUCAGAAUCCAAGAAGGUGACCUUUGGUCUCAAGAAUAACAAAACAACAGAGUUUAGGAAGACUGAUCGUAGCCUGCAGGUGACUCCAGAUGGAUCGUCACGAGUGCCUUUUGACCCAAAGCAGAAACCAAAGUUCGGGGUCUUAAAGUCUCCACCCACACCACUCUCCACCACCAUCAAAAAGACCCUGAACGCCAACAAGAAAACGAUUUUGAAUACUCCAAAGAACACACCUAAACGACGACCUUCAGCAGCAGACUUCUUCUAACUUCGUACACUGACAGACUGUAGAUACAGAUGUAAUACUCUCUGUGAACUUUUUAAUAAUAGACUGGUUAAAACAAGUAAACAAAUCCCUUUUUGGAGAGAGAGAGAUAUUUUUAUGUUUAGCUAAUAUCAGUGUUACUUGUUGAGUGAUGUUUGAAUAAAGUCACAAAUUCCAGCUUU